AUGAGCUCAAACAGGCUCGAGGGCAGUCCUAGGCGUGAGCGACGGAGUGAGACUUUCUCUUUAUCUGCAGCCUUCCGAUCAUCCCCGAAAAGUGCAAGAACCCAAAUCAUAACCCGGCUGCAGCUUUCGCUCUACCACGAUCACCACCACCACGCCGACACGAUCUCCAAGCAUCGUCCUCCGAUUCCCAAGAGACAAGGGUCCUGGCUCGAAGAGUUCCCACGACGAUCAAUCCACAAAGCACGUUCAGGGCUGCUGGCAAUUCGUGCAAGCUUACUCCGACUAUCCUCUCGUGAGAACACUGACUUCAGUGAGGCCAUUAUCGAGGAUAUGUCUUGCGAACCCUCCAGGCACAUCGAGGAUGUUUCUCGCGAAGUCUCCAGGCGUGAGCGAGAUCAUAUCCGAGGACAUGACCAUUCGAACUCAACGCAGGAAGACUUGAGCUUUGGUGUUUGUUUGUUCCGAACAUCAACAUCUCCUUGGGCCACAGCUUUGGAUGGAGCAGGUUCAAAUUUGGUACCCCGGGUCGAGUCUCCUCUGUCUCUACCUCUAGUGAAUUCCAUCUCGGCACCUGCCGAACUAGAAAGCUACUACUACAACAACACCGAUGACGACCCGGAGCCGAUGAAUGAUCGACCGCCAUCGCCGUCGGUAGACUGGGACGAGCUCGGAUCCCCGGCAUCAAGCUUCAGGUAUGAGAAUAUGAUUCCGUGCCAGAGGAAGAAUGUCUCUAGAUUUCUGGGCACGGGUUCCAGCUUGUCCUCUUCGCCUAUCUCAGUGGUCACGCAAUCUGAAACUCUUGCUUCUCAAGAGCACCUACCACCAAUUCGUGAUCAACCAAAAAGCGACUACUGUGGGCGUGAAGAGUUAAUUCCGACACCGAGCCCGCCUUCAGAGAUGGUCACAAUUGCAUUUCCCGGGGUAUACCAAGCGUUAUUGGAUCAGUGGGCGGGUGAAAUGCGGGAUAAAUCCAAGAAUAUACCAUGUGCCCGAUUGAAAGUACCAGAGUGCAAUCCUGUUGCAAUUGCUCAAGCUAGGCAAACUGAUGGAGGUGAGGCUGAGCCUUCUGGGAAACGCCAUCCAUUUGGCCGCCAUAUGUCUCUGAGAACCGACCAGGGAUACCCUGGAAAAUCCGAGGCGGUCUACAGAAAAAACCAUGUGGUGUUUUCAGCGCACUCACAUGAGAUUCCAAUCUCCCCUGAUAGUCACAGCUCUUCUACACCCUAUGGCCGAACGGUCGAGUCUUUGUACGAUGGAUCAGAAUAUUCCAACUACGCCCUUCCAGGCUCUUCGCCGACAAAUAUCACUUCGCCAUCAUAUUAUUCUAACGAUAUCUGGAGUCCAUUGGAGUCUCCCAUUGAUGAAGAACUUCUAUUCUCACCCUUCCCUCGAAACGAGUACUACAUGGCCGAUGGAAAGACGAGCGGCGUCUAUCCCGACCAAGACGACCAGCCCCCCGUUAAAGUAGAAAGUCGCUUCUAUGGCGACGGAAGUAUUCACAGUGGCCGUGGCCUCGACCGGACUCUUUCUGAUAGACUGCGUGAGCUCACGGAAAGGAUUCCAACAAUGGGGGGUUCGCGAUCCAUGCGGCAAGAUCCUCGGACUGGACUAGGGCUUAGUGAAUCGACGGACGAAUCUUCCGUUAUCAGAGCUACUGGAUAUGAAGCCCGACGACUGGGUUGA